CUUGUUUAAUCAGAAAACAUAACAGAGACUCAGCUUAUUUUUCAAUCAAUAUUUGGACUGUUUAAACUUUUUUGUUAAAUUAUUGAAAUGACAAUUCUCACUUUUGUUGUGAAACGCAAAUACAAGUAGGAAUGACAGUUGAUGUAAUGGGCUUUCUGUUGGCGGGUACAUACACCGCAUUGGGCGUUGUAAAAGCUAUGGACAAUGACUCUUUUAUUCAAUUAGGAGCAAGUCUCAUUGUUGGUGGUGUUCUAGGUUAUGGUGCAUAUUUGAAUUCAAAAGAUCCGCCUCGUCCUUUGUUUCAGUUGUCUACUGAACUUUUGUUGGCCGGCAUAAUGGGAACACGUUAUACUUUGACGAGCGAUGUUAACGAUGGCGCAUUAUUUUUAGCCACAGCUGCUUCAGCGUUUUACAAUUCUUAUACUUAUACCGAAGAUUUAAGUAAUCAAAUUGAUAUUGACGACUUCUUGGGAAGAGUGGAUAGUAGGAAAAUUACUAUUAAAAUACCAGAUAUUAAAAAGGCGAUGGAAUAACUGAAUAUGAAAUUUGUGAAUAUGUAUGUAUAUGCAUAUGUAUGUACAUAUAUAAAGUUUAAAUAUUCAUAAUGUUUAAAAUUGUUACCUCCCCGCAUUCUCUAAAAUGAUUUGGUGAAUAUUUCUGCCAUAGUAAAAACAACUAAUCGUGAGUUAGGAGCGUUUUAACAACCAUGGUCUUAAACUCUCUUCUCUUAGUAACAAAACGGCUAAUUAACAAAGUGUUUGMGGAUUUUUGCGCUGUGAUAAUAGAUUACCGGAGUUGCUAAACAUCCAUUUAUCUCUUCAAUACUUACGAGUUCGUAUACUCUUACGAGUAACAAUAAUGAAAAAGUUAUUUUAUACAAAUAAUACACAUAUGUAUCAAU